GGCUCUCGGCCCUUGGAGAAUGACUUUUUAAACUGUAGAAGAGGAAGGGGAAAAGAUGGGCCAUUGGGAGCGUCUCCCUGCAAAGAGUGAACCCAGCCCAGCCCUGUCUCUUUGCUGCCUGGGGAGGAAUUCUGCCGUGGAAGGGUUCUGGUGUCGGUGAUGAGCGAUGGGGUAUGAUGUAGCACGUUUUCAGGGGGAUGUUGAUGAAGACCUUAUAUGCCCCAUCUGCAGCGGGGUCCUGGAGGAGCCGGUUCAGGCUCCCCACUGCGAGCACGCCUUCUGCAAUGCCUGCAUCACCCAGUGGUUCUCCCAGCAGCAGACGUGCCCCGUGGACCGCAGCGUUGUGACGGUCGCCCACCUCCGCCCCGUCCCGCGGAUCAUGCGUAAUAUGCUCUCGAAGCUGCAGAUCACUUGCGACAACGCUGUUUUCGGCUGUACGGCAGUUGUGCGCCUGGACAACCUGAUGUCUCACCUCAACGACUGCGAGCACAAUCCCAAGCGCCCGGUGACUUGCGAGCAGGGCUGCGGCUUGGAGAUGCCCAAAGAUGAGCUGCCAAACCACAACUGCAUCAAGCAUCUGCGGUCCGUAGUGCAGCAGCAGCAGACGAGGAUCGCCGAGCUGGAGAAGACCUCGGCGGAGCACAAGCACCAACUGGCUGAGCAGAAGCGGGACAUUCAGCUGCUGAAGGCCUACAUGCGCGCCAUCCGCAGCGUCAACCCCAACCUGCAGAACCUGGAGGAGACCAUCGAGUACAACGAAAUCCUGGAGUAA